CGAACAUAAUGACAUCUCUGACCUCUGUGCUGCAUGAUGACAGAGAAUUCCCCAACCCAGAGAAGUUCGACCCCAGCCACUUCCUGGAUGAGAGAGGCAACUUCAAGAAGAGUAACUACUUCAUGGCUUUCUCGGCAGGAAAGCGGAUGUGUGCUGGAGAGGGCCUGGCUCGCAUGGAGCUGUUUUUAUUCCUGACCACCAUUUUACAGAAAUUUACCUUGAAACCUGUGGUUGACGCCAAGGACAUCGACACCACCCCAAUCAUGAAUGGGUUUGCUUCUGUGGCACCCCCUUACCAACUCUGCUUCGUCCGGGUGUAAGGAAGGACAGACUUCCUUCUGCAGCUCCCUCUCUGCUGGGGUAUUGGUCACCGCUUUCCCUCUUCAUCCCCUUCUAGGGGGUCUCUCCUCUGACCUCUCCUCUCCUCAUCACCCCAUUCUCUCAAGAUCCAGAAAUAUCCCAUCUCCA